GUCCUGCUGCCCUUCUACGACGCCGACUCCAGCAUCGUCUACCUCUGCGGGAAGGGGGACAGCAGCAUAGAUGAGGCGCCCUACGUGCACUACCUGAACACCUACAGCAGCAAGGAGCCGCAGCGGGGCAUGGGCUUCAUGCCCAAGCGUGGGCUGGAUGUCAGCAAGUGUGAGAUCGCCAGGUUCUUCAAGCUGCAUGAGCGCAAGUGCGAACCCAUCGUCAUGACAGUGCCACGCAAGUCAGACCUCUUCCAGGAUGACCUGUACCCCGACACACCAGGCCCUGAGCCUGCCCUGGAGGCGGAUGAGUGGCUGUCGGGGAAGGAUGCAGAGCCCAUCCUCAUCUCGCUGCGGGAUGGGUAUGUCCCCAUCAAGAACAGGGAGCUGAAGGUGGUCAAGAAGAACAUCCUGGACAGCAAACCCCCCCCGGGCCCUCGCCGCAGCCACUCCACCUGCGACUCCGAGUUCUCUGAGAAGCGCAUCUCCGACCUGGAGAACAAACUCUGCCAGUUCACCAACGGCACGGACUAG